GGUGCCCAGAAGAGUUGGGCAGUGUGGCACCAGCUCGCUUGGAGGUGUCUGCGGUGAGCACAGGAUAGGGCCUCUGCAGCUGCAGGUAGACAGGUAGAAGAGGAAAUCGUGGGUCUGGUCUGGUCACCAAGGAGGAGAUUGAACUCACAGCCGGACACCUAAAGUGACUGGUCUGGAGGGAUGGGAGAAGCAUUUAACUAAAUGCCAGACCCUUCAACAGGAUGCAGAAGUCCUUUUGCUAUAUUCCCAUCGUGAGCAGUGUGACCCUGUGGAAGAGAGGCUCAUCCCAUACAAGACCUAAUCCUCGUGCUGAGAAAGCAGCCUUACCUUGCUCCAGGUUUCUCACUCACAUGAAGAAUUUCUCUGCAUCACAUAAAACGGAUAAAUUACAUUUUCUACCGUUUCCAGGAUGUGUAGAAGGGACUCCUAGUCCAACGACAGGUAAAGGACUACUUUACACUCCUCACCCAUACAUAAUCCCCAACUCUCCUGCGAGCACAGUUUCUUUCGAAGAAGAAAUUCAUGGAGAAGCCCGUCCUUGCCUGACAUCAUCCAGUGAAACGGAAGAAGACGAUUUGCUCUCUCCUGUCAAAGAAGGAAGGCAGAAACGACUUAGAGGACCGCUGAAGCAUGCCUGGACCAGCCCAUUUCUGGAAAAGCAAGCUGAAGAUAAGCCUCUUAAACGAUCACACUCAGUGAAUACCAUUUCCCUGGAAGCUGCAGGUAGACACAUACCACUUCAGAACCAUCCCUUGGACAACUCCAAGGGAGAUUCUGGUCCUGUGUUGAGACCUUCCACCGCCAUUGGCCUCUGCAGAAGCGUCAAGCAGAGCUGCUCUUCCCCUCAGAUCAGCUGUAGGACUUCCUCGGAAUCUGGGCAGCAGGAUAAAGUGUCAUUCUUGGGCUCCUGGUCAAACACAGAUUCCCUAAGCAUACGUGGAAGAGGCUUGGCUGCCAUAACACCAGAGGUGACCACCAAGCAUCCUCAUCGCUCUACAGAACGUAGGUCAAAGGCAGCUAGCGCCUUCCGUGGCCAUGCAGCCAAGGAGCCCCUGCCUCUGCUCGUGGGAUCUUCUACCCAUUUGUUUCCCAAGAAGUUAAUGAAGGUUUGCUCCUCAGCAGCCCCACGCCCACCCCGGCGCUUCCAUAAGGCUUGUUCACAAACUCUUUCCAGGCCGGUGGUGACUGCUCACUUACACUGACCGCUGAGAAGGAAUUGUUCUGUGAGCGCUGCCCAUCUUCCAAUCAAUGCCUGCCCAGAACAACAGAAAGGGCCUCAGAUGGAUUGGUUUCCACGGAACCAUUGUCAGGCUUUGUGAAGCAUUUUUGAACCUAAUAAAUAAUGUCAAAAGUC